AAGAAGAAGAAGAAGAAGACUAGGUGGCGAUAUGCACCUUUGAAGUUGGUUCGCAACUCGUCGCCAUUCAAUCAAAAACGAAGAAGAAGACGUGUGACGUGGGCGGAAGUAAAGAUGGCGCUGGACGGUUCGUCCACGUCUGUUAUGGCUCAUGAGAACCCAUACCACAUUCAUGUUUCUGAUUAUUAUAGCAGGAGUCUGAGCAACAAACCCGAUGUAGUGCCGUCUGGAGUCACCGAGAGGAAGGUGUCGCCUUCAGAUAAGCCUGACAUGGUGGCGCUGGACGUGAUCAGCAUCAAGGAGUCUGAUGCUCCGGUGCACAGAAAGAAGCGCGAGGCGGACACGGGUGUGCUGGGUACGAUACACCCCUUCCGCAGAACUCACCGCUCCGUGCUGGGGAGGGUUGCGCAGGAGUUUAGUUUGGUGACCUCUGACAGACGGUCGUGGAGGAUUCUUCUGUUCGCCGUGUUGAAUCUCAUCUGCAUGGCCUGUCUGCUGAUGUGGUGCAGCUCCACCAACAGUAUGGCCUUGACCGCAUACACAUACCUCACCAUCUUCGAUCUCUUUAGAUGUGUGUUUUGUGGUCUCAGCUUCGAGCGUUUGGAAGUGCUGGCGGUGUUUGCCUCCACUGUGCUGGUUCAGCUGGGCGCUCUCUUCAUCCUGAAGGAAAGUGUGGAGCGCUUUGUGGAGCAGCCCGAGGUGCACACGGGGCGUCUGCUGGUGGGAACAUUCGUGGCUCUGUUUUUUAAUCUCUUGACUCUACUGUCCGUCAAGAACAAGCCCUUCGUCUUCGUGUCUGAAGCCGCGAGCACCAGCUGGCUUCAGGAGCACGUGGCCGACCUGAGCCGAAGUCUGUGCGGACUCAUCCCGGCGCUCAGCAGCGUUCUCCUGCCCAGAAUGAACCCGUUUGUGCUGAUCAACCUCGCUGGAGCUUGUGCUUUGGGCAUCACGUACAUGCUCAUCGAAAUCAAUAACUAUAAUGCGAUGGACACCGCGUCUGCCAUGGCCAUCGCCCUCAUGAUCUUCGGCACCAUGUACCCCAUGAGUGUGUACAGCGGGAAGGUGCUGCUGCAGACCACCCCCUCUCAUGUCAUCGGUCAGCUUGACAAACUGCUCCGAGAGGUGUCCACGUUGGAUGGAGUUCUUGAAGUCAGAAAUGAACACUUUUGGACCAUUGGCUUUGGCUCAUUGGCCGGCUCUGUCCACGUCCGCAUUCGCAGAGAUGCUGACGAGCAGAUGGUUUUGGCCCAUGUGACCAACCGGCUGAACACGCUAGUCUCCACGCUGACGGUUCAGAUCUUCAAAGACGACUGGGCCCGUCACUCGCUGACCUCCAGCACCCUGCCCACCGGCUCACUCAGCCUCUCGGAGUACGUCACUUCGGCUGGCUUCCCCCCUGUGAUGUCCAAACAGCACGACGAGUUGAACCCGGCCACGUCUACGCCUGCGAAGCCCAGCAGCCCUCCGCCCGAGUUCUCCUUCAACACGCCGGGGAAGCACAUCCAGCCCGUGGUGUUUCAGACGGCCCAUCAGCACAGGCCCUUCAAUGCGCCUCUCUCCUAUGGGAUGCCUCCCUACUCCAGCAUGCUGAACCAGGGCUUUGCGCAUCCCAGUGACGGUCCCGCCAUGAGGCUGGGCUUUGGGGUCGGGGCGCGGAUGCCGUCUGUUCAAGGAUACAGGACUGUGAAUGCAGCGCCACACAGAUACGGAAGCAGUCUGCCCUCGUCACAAACCGGCCAACAGAGACCGUGAGCGGAUCACAUGAUCAUCACACCGCUAGCCCACCACUACCCUGAGUAUUUAUGUUAACGGGACCAAGAGCAAGAGUUUCAUUCUCAAUGGAUGUUUUAUCUGUAUUCUUUAUUUGUAUUAAACCGCUAUCAGACAUCUGUGAAGUCGCAUUAUUUAUUUACGACAUCUUCAUAAAGUUCAUCUGUGAACAGAGUUCAAGAGUGCAAUGUUUCAUUUUAAUAAUCAUUUUGUUUCGAGUUUGUCAUCUAUUUGUGCACCGAUAAUUGCAUUGAACAUUAGUUAAACCAAACAUGAGCAUAUGGAGGAGCUUGUUCAUUGCAUCAUGUUUUCACACAAAUUACACCAGAGCAAUGUCUGUUCACCAGGGUUGUGUGCCAUUCAGAAUUGAGCUGAGAGUGGCUUGUAAAUGUCA